CUGCGAAGAUAAUUGUCUUACACAAUAUUGUAUAGAGAAGCAAUCAUGUUGUGAGCAGCUAGCGGGAUGGUUUUGCCUUUUAUUCUGUCCUACGGAGAAUGCAAAAAGAAAUGUUUUCUUUCAAUUUUUGGAUGCUGAGAUUGAUGGGAUUAUGCCAGGCAUCACCUCAGUUUCUUCUUCUUUAGUAGUCCCCUUGGACAUACCUCUGCUAGAAUGUAAUUUGCUUGCAAGUGGCAGAGGGCUCUGUGCAAUCUCUUAUUGCUGAGACUGUUCCAGGGGCGUGCGGCGAUAUAGAAAGUUCUCUUCCUCAGGACGCCUUUGGGUUUUGUUCUGUUUUUGUUUGUGAAGAAGAAGCAAUUGAUUCUUUUUCCACAGGGAUGGACAUGGCUUCCGGAUUGGUAGUAGUUUCAUUGCGUAAAGCAGGCAGUGGGAGAUCACCUGAGACUCUGAGGGAUUAAUGAACAAGAUGACCAUGUAGAAAGUCACAACCUGAGACAUCCAGAAUGGGAAACUAUAUAUGGAGCGGAGCUGGUCUGCAGCCUUGAAAGUGGGAAUCUUCUGGACUUUAACUGGGCUUUUGGUACUCCUGGAUGGUAUUAUUAUUAUUAUUUUUUGUAACCAGAGGAAUUCUUCAUUAUAUUUCCUUUACAGACAAUCAACUGGAUUUCUUCUUCCCUUUUUCAAACAGAGCCCUUGAUUUGUUAUAUACCACUGAUCACUUAAGAAGCGUUUUGUUUUGUUUUUUUAACAAAUUCACCUAAAGCGACAAGCAAUACUAGCCACGAUGGGGGACAUGACAAAUAGCGAUUUUUACAUAAAGAACCAAAGAAAUGAGGCCAACCAUGCGGGAGAGUUUGGCUGCUCUCUGGAAGAUCUGCGCUCCCUUAUGGAGCUGCGAGGCACGGAGGCUGUAGUCAAAAUCCAAGAGGACUAUGGGGACACUGAGGGGCUCUGCAAGCGCUUGAAAACAUCGCCAACAGAAGGCUUGCCAGGAAUUGAAACAGACCUAGACAAAAGAAAAGUAAUCUAUGGGCAAAACUUUAUACCUCCAAAGAAGCCAAAAACGUUCUUACAGUUAGUCUGGGAAGCACUACAAGAUGUGACUCUUAUUAUCUUAGAAAUUGCAGCCAUUAUUUCCUUGGGACUCUCAUUUUAUCAGCCUCCUGGGGAGGGGAAUGAAGCAUGUGGGGAAGUUUCAGCUGGAGCCGAGGACGAAGGAGAGUCAGAAGCUGGCUGGAUCGAAGGCGCUGCGAUUUUACUCUCUGUUGUCUGUGUUGUACUUGUUACUGCCUUUAAUGACUGGAGCAAGGAGAAGCAGUUUAGAGGUUUACAAAGCCGCAUUGAGCAGGAACAAAAAUUCACUAUUGUUCGAGGUGGACAAGUUGUCCAGAUUCCUGUAGCGGAAAUUGUUGUUGGUGACAUUGCACAGAUCAAAUACGGUGACCUGCUUCCAGCUGAUGGAAUUUUGAUACAGGGGAAUGAUCUGAAGAUAGAUGAAAGUUCUUUAACUGGAGAAUCAGACCAUGUACGAAAAUCAGCCGACAAAGAUCCCAUGCUUCUUUCAGGUACCCAUGUCAUGGAAGGAUCAGGGAGAAUGUUGGUCACAGCUGUGGGAGUUAAUUCUCAGACCGGGAUCAUCUUCACCCUGCUUGGGGCUGGUGGUGAGGAGGAAGAGAAAAAGGAGAAGAAAGGUGAGAGAGUGGAAGAUGGAGAGCAGCUACCAGAUUGCUCCCAUCCCUCUUCCCACCCCAUCUCAACAAUAGCUACAGAUGGUGCUGCUGGUGCAAAUGCCUCUGGUAAUACCAACUUAGUCAAUGGUAAAAUACAGGAUGGAAAUAUGGAGAACAACCAGAGCAAAGCUAAGAAGCAGGAUGGCGCAGCAGCUAUGGAAAUGCAACCUUUAAAGAGUGCCGAAGGUGGAGAUGCUGAUGACAAGGAAAAGAAAAAAGCCAGCAUGCCCAAGAAAGAGAAAUCUGUCCUUCAGGGCAAAUUGACUAAGUUAGCAGUACAGAUUGGGAAAGCAGGUCUGGUGAUGUCAGCUAUAACGGUCAUCAUUCUAGUGCUGUACUUUGCCAUCGAGAACUUUGUAAUGCAGAAGAGACAGUGGCUGCCUGAAUGUACUCCAGUAUACAUCCAGUACUUUGUCAAGUUUUUCAUCAUUGGGGUCACAGUCCUAGUAGUUGCUGUCCCUGAAGGUCUUCCUUUGGCUGUCACAAUCUCACUGGCCUACUCUGUGAAGAAAAUGAUGAAGGAUAACAACUUGGUGCGACACUUGGACGCGUGUGAGACGAUGGGUAACGCGACAGCAAUCUGCUCUGACAAGACGGGGACUCUCACGACGAAUAGGAUGACCGUUGUCCAAGCCUACAUUGGAGAUGUCCACUACAAAGAAGUCCCAGACCCUGAUUCCCUGCCUUCUAAAACAUUGGAUAUUCUAGUCAAUGCCAUUGCUAUCAACAGCGCUUACACCACUAAGAUCCUGCCUCCUGACAAAGAGGGUGGUCUUCCCAAGCAAGUAGGAAACAAGACAGAAUGUGGGUUACUUGGGUUUGUUUUGGACCUGAACCGGGAUUAUCAACCCAUUCGCAAUCAGAUCCCUGAAGAGAAACUUUACAAGGUCUACACCUUCAACUCUGUAAGGAAGUCCAUGAGCACAGUAACUAAACUUCCAGAUGGGAGCUUCAGAAUGUACAGCAAAGGAGCUUCUGAGAUCGUUCUUAAGAAGUGCUCCCGCAUCCUAAAUGCAGCUGGAGAGCCACGUAUCUUCAAACCUCGGGAUAGAGAUGAAAUGGUCAAGAAGGUGAUCGAACCCAUGGCUUGCGACGGACUAAGAACGAUCUGCAUUGCUUAUCGUGACUUUCCGGGAAACCCUGAACCUGAGUGGGAUAAUGAAAAUGAGAUUGUGGCAGAUCUGACUGGAAUUUGUGUUGUUGGCAUAGAAGAUCCAGUAAGGCCUGAGGUCCCUGAAGCCAUCAGAAAGUGUCAGCGGGCAGGCAUCACUGUCCGUAUGGUCACUGGCGAUAAUAUCAACACUGCCCGGGCCAUUGCCAUUAAAUGUGGAAUUAUUCAUCCAGGGGAAGACUUUUUAUGCAUAGAAGGGAAGGAGUUCAACAGAAGGAUUCGGAAUGAAAAGGGGGAGAUUGAACAAGAACGAAUUGAUAAGAUCUGGCCUAAACUGCGAGUGCUUGCAAGAUCCUCCCCAACUGACAAACACACCUUAGUUAAAGGUAUCAUUGACAGCACACAGGUUGACCAGAGGCAAGUUGUUGCUGUAACUGGUGAUGGGACUAACGAUGGACCUGCCUUAAAGAAAGCAGAUGUCGGCUUUGCUAUGGGAAUUGCUGGUACAGAUGUGGCCAAAGAAGCCUCAGACAUCAUUCUGACUGAUGAUAACUUUUCAAGCAUCGUGAAAGCUGUGAUGUGGGGCCGCAAUGUGUAUGACAGCAUCUCAAAGUUCCUGCAGUUCCAGCUGACAGUGAACGUGGUGGCGGUGAUUGUUGCUUUCACUGGAGCUUGUAUAACCCAAGAUUCCCCACUGAAGGCUGUUCAGAUGCUGUGGGUCAACCUGAUCAUGGACACCUUUGCCUCUUUGGCUCUGGCUACAGAACCACCAACAGAGUCCCUUCUGAUGAGGAAACCCUAUGGAAGAAACAAACCACUCAUUUCACGCACAAUGAUGAAAAACAUUCUUGGUCAUGGUGUUUACCAGCUAACCAUCAUUUUUACUCUUCUGUUUGUAGGUGAAAGACUUUUUAACAUCGACAGUGGAAGGAACGCACCUCUCCACUCCCCUCCAUCAGAGCACUACACGAUUAUCUUCAAUACUUUUGUUAUGAUGCAGCUCUUCAAUGAGAUAAAUGCCCGUAAAAUCCACGGAGAAAGAAAUGUCUUUGAUGGUAUCUUCAGGAACCCAAUCUUCUGCUCUAUUGUAGUGGGGACAUUUGCUAUUCAGAUAAUCAUCGUGCAGUUUGGGGGUAAGCCUUUCAGCUGUUCCCCUCUAGACAUUGACAAGUGGAUGUGGUGUGUAUUUCUUGGAAUGGGCGAACUGAUAUGGGGACAGGUCAUUUCAACAAUUCCAACAAGCAGGCUGAAGUUCCUGAAAGAGGCCGGCCAGCUUACCCAGAAGGAUGAGAUGCCAGAAGAAGAAAUGAAUGAAGAUACUGAGGAAAUUGACCAUGCGGAGAGAGAACUGAGACGUGGGCAGAUCCUGUGGUUCCGUGGACUCAACAGGAUCCAGACUCAGAUACGCGUCGUGAAGGCGUUCCGUAGCUCUCUCUACGAAGGGCUGGAGAAGCCUGAAUCACGAACCUCCAUUCACAACUUCAUGACUCACCCAGAGUUUAGGAUAGAAGACUCUCAGCCCCACAUCCCUCUUAUUGAUGAUACUGACAUAGAAGAAGAUGCAGCGCUCAAGCAGAAUUCCAGUCAGCCCUCAUCACCCAAUAAGAACAACAAUGCAAUCGAUAGUGGCAUUAAUCUUACCACUGACACAAGUAAAUCAGCUACCUCGUCAAGUCCAGGAAGCCCGUUACACAGCCUGGAGACUUCCCUUUAGCUGAACAUAUCUUUGCAAAAAAAACACAGAAAAACAUGUCAAGAAAUGCAACAACAGAAGCAAACAAGAACAGUGAAAUACGAAUGAACUGCUGGCUUAAAAACUGUUCUCGAUGUGCUAGUUUUUGCUGCGUGCAGAAAAUAGGGCGCUCCUUCUGGAGUGAUGAGAGAGAGCAUAAUCCCACCCACUCACCCUUCCAAUAAUGACAGUUAACAAAAUAAAGCGCUCCUGCAUGAAUGUACAUGACCCUUUUUUAAAUUAAUUUUGUUUUUAUUUCUUUUUUUUUUCCUGUGGGGACUGCUGUGGACUUUCAAUUUAAGACAGCUUACCCCGUUCACUGGUCUGUGACUUUUUGAAGUGAUUGUGUGGCAUGGACUUAAUUGUAUAGAUUUAUUUAAUUAAAAAAGUGUAUUGAAGUUGCAGGGCUCAACUUGCACAGUAGAUUUGCACCAAUUGGAAAAAAGAAACUUAUAAAUAAUAGCAUUUAUUAAACAUAUAUAUAUACAAUUUUCUUCUUUGUUUAAUGGCAUGUUGCCUUGUUUCUGCUUAAAUGGCUCUUAAUACUUUAACUUAUUUAUGUCCUAAAGAGAAUGUAAUUUGUUUACAAAACCUGUAGAUACUUCCUUGUUUAUUUGUAGGUUUCAAACCAUUCUGCAGAUGUAGUUUGAGCAGCUCAAGUUGUUGAAUACUUCUGUAAUAUUGGACUCUAGGUGUUUUAUUACAAACUGUGUACUGAAUUUGCCUGCUAUUUUGUUAAAUAUUGUAGAUAUUUUUAGAAGAUAACAAAAGAAGCCAAAAUAUAUUGGAAUAUAUUAUUUAAUGUGGCAUUUUAGUAUUACAUGAUUGUGGGGAACAAAACUGAAAGGCUUCCUCUGUUUCCAAAUACAAAUCUUAAGAUAUAGGUUCAUUUUUUUCUUUGCUUUGUUUGCUUUUUUAUUAAAAUGCUUGAAAUUCAUUUUUGGUCAGUCUCCAAACUGAGAGGGCCAUUCUGGACUGAUUUUAAUGAACUGUCUGCUAUAUAAACAACUGCUUGUUUAACGGAAAUGUUUUAAAUUACUUGUGACCAUCAAAGGUUGUGAUGGGUUUAUAAUAUUAGAAACAAUUGCAAAAUAAGUUAUAUUUGGCAUUAUCUGUAUGAAAAAUCAAAGGUUGUGUUGAAAUUUUGUGAUAUAUUGUGUUGAUUUUAUUUCUUUCUUUUUCGUUUAGUAGUUUAGGGUUUUUCUUAAAAAGACACAAAAUCACAGCUUUAGGGCUGUUGGCAUUUUGAACAACUUAAAAAACACUAUGGAUUGUUGAUUUUGACUUUUUUAAAAUGAUCAUUUUCUGCACUAUCUGGAUCUGAAUGAAACUUUCUGUGGUGUAUAUUUCCGGUAGAUGUGCUUUUGUGUGAUUCUAACCAAGCUUGUCUUCCUGCAGUCACUAAAUAUACUAUAGCAUCUCAACAGUAUUCAGUAGUUGUUAACUAUUUAUUGUGCUUUCUAAAGGUAAGGCAGUUUGAAGAGAUAUCAUGGAGGAUAGAUUAAUAAAUGCAUCAAGAUGUUAACAGCCCUUGUAUUAUUAUUAUUAUUAUUAUUAUUAUUAUUAUUAUUAUUAUUAUUAUUAUUAUUAUUAUUAUAUAUUGGGGCUUACAUGGAAGCACGAAGCCGUCCUUAUAUUGGAAAAAUACAGGUUAAAUCCUAUUUUCUAUACUGUAUGGAUUUGAAUUAGUUGGCCUGCAUUUGUUUUUCUGUAAAUCUAAGCAGCUUCUGACCCUACUAAAGGGUGGAAAGGCUUUAACUGUUGGCUCAGGCAUUUGUGAAUGACUUUAUUGAAGGGACCAUGAUUUAAAAUAUGUUCAAACAAUCAUAAAAAUGGUCUUUUCUGUAACUUCUUGUUAAAUUGUUUUUUUUUACAUGUUCAAAGAAAAAAAUCAGACAACUCCUAAAAAAACAUUUGUACAUUAAUCAAAAUCGGGGUUUAAAACAAUUAAUGGUAUUAAAUCAUACAUUCUUUGUAAAUAGCAAACUAACUUACUUCAUCUGAGAUGCACAUACAGUAAGUGUAGGAUUCUGUUAGCAAGGACUGUACAAUGUACACUUUAUGUGACACAACAUUUGUUUUCAAGUCUGAUUAGCUAUUAAGUUACAAGUACAGGUCAAGUAUUCUGAACUGGAACAAAGUUUUUAACUUUGUUGCUUUAAAUUUCUGAUGCUGUUGUUUGCAAAUGGUACUAUAUAUGAUGAAUUUAUUUAAACAAAACACUGCAAUACUUAAAAUGCUUCUACAUACUGUCCUUAGCAGCAUGAAUUUUGUGGAACAAGAAAAAAAGCCAGUGGUAUAUUUGGCAGUCAAGCCAUUUAUGGGUAAAUGAUAUGUGUUCAUCAAUCUUGUUUUUAUGAUUUUUUUAUCUAGACAAUAAUUGUAAAUAAAGAACUCUGUGUCUCUGUUCAUUUAAUACUAUGCAAAAAGGUCAUGCUUUCUGAUUGUUAUCUCCUCUUUGCCCCUGAUCCCCUGUCCCUAGAGUGUGUUGCUGGAAUGUUUGUGGUUUCAAAAGUCAGUAACCAAUGUGAUGUACAUUAUUUUAUAGUUUGAAGAAAGUUAUGAACUGUGACUCUUGUUGCUUACUGUCUAUAACACAAUUCCUGGCAGAAGCACAAGUGGAACAAAAGAAAAAGCAGAGCAUUAAAUAAAUUUCCAGAGCAGCAUGAAA